GGCGUUUGGGAUCGAGCCAGAAUACCGUGAAAACCAGUCGCUUUCUCCCUCCUUCGUUUCAAAUCAGCGGCUUCUGGAGGUCUGACGGUUUCCGGUACGAGGAGGAUCGACUUCACGAUAUGAUGAUACUAUAAAUAUAAAGGAAGACGGUUUCUGUUUUAUAUAUAGGGAUGGCGGAGGAUGUGGAUAAGGCAGAGCUGUUAAAGGAGGAGAAGGAGGAGAAGAAGAAACGGUACAAUAAUGAUGAUGAUGAUGAUGGAGAUCACGAUUCGGGAAACCGCGGAGAUCGGAGCGGAGAAUCGCGACGCGUGCGGACUUUCUGGACUCUGCUGGCGGUCUUGUGCGUCCCGUUGAUCGGUACCGGGAUCCAGUACUGCAGGAACGCGCAGAUAUCCGGGCGUCACGAAGCGGCGCUGAAGACCUUGGGAGCUGAAGGACUUUUCCUUUUCUCAUCUCUGGAUGCCGAUCACGACCUCUAUCUCAGUCCCGAGGAGUUUAAACCCGUCGCGGAAAAGCUUACAGGCGUCUCUCCUCCGGCGGAGUCUGAAGAGGAGUUCGACGCCGACCCGAACGGAGAGACGCUCACGAUUCACGCGGCCAUGCAGCCGCUUCUGCUCGAGACCAUGACCAAGAGCAAGGAUGGCUUCCUGGGGGUUUCCCACAGCGCGCUAAACGGUCUGCGUUCGUGGAAGAAUCCUGCCGUUCCAUCCUCCACCUUCUCGGCUGCUCAGUUCCGGAUCUUUCUGCCCCCCAAGGGUAAAGGGGAACCGGGGGAUACGUGGUGGAUCAUCUCUAGCGAUCUCAAUAUCUUCACUGGAUAUCUGCCCAACAAUCGGUAUCACCCUCCCGCCCCACGCGGCAAAGAGGUCCUGAUCCACACCCUGCUCAGCAUGUUUCAUCCUCGCCCUUUCAUCAAAUCUCGCUUCGCUCCUCAGGGAACUGUUGCCUGCAUCCGAGCCGUCAGCGACUUUUACUACGACAUUGUGUUCAGGAUACACGCCGAAUUCCAGCUGAACGACGUUCCCGAUUUCCCCUUCUGGUUCACACCCGGUCAGUUCGCCGGCCACAUCGUGCUCUCUAAAGACGCUUCUCAUGUCCGGGACUUCCAUCUGUACGUCCCAAAUGACAAAUCUCUGAAUGUCGAUAUGGAGUGGCUGUACGGCGCCAGUGAGAGCAGCAACAUGGAAGUGGACAUCGGUUACCUGCCUCAAAUGGAGUUGAGAGCAGCAGGACCGUCCACACCCUCCGUGAUCUACGAUGAGCAGGGGAAGGUGAUCGACAGUCUGGAGGAGGGAGGAGAACCCAUCCAGUUUGUGUUCGAGGAGAUCCGCUGGAGCAGAGAGAUCAGCCGGGACGAGGCAGCCGGUCGCAUCGAGGUCACCUUUUAUCCUUUCAAAAAGGUGGCGUAUUUUCCUUUCUCAGAGGCCUUCAGCAGGGCAGAUGCAGAGGGGAAACUGGUUCACUCCAUCCUGCUGUGGGGAGCGCUGGACGAUCAGUCCUGCUGAGGUUCGGGGCGAACUCUCCGGGAGACCGUCCUGGAAAGUUCGCCCGUCCUGGCCUUGCUCAACCAGAGCUUCAUCAGCAGCUGGUCUCUCGUCAAAGAGCUGGAGGACCUGCAGGCCGAUGAAAAGAAUCUGGACUUGAAUCAGAAGGCACGUUUACACCUGGAGCAGUACAGCUUCCCCGUGGAAAUGAUGGUGGCCCUGCCCAAUGGCACAGUGGUCCACCACAUCAACGCUAACAACUUCCUGGACCAGACCUCCAUGAAGCCAGAGGAUGAAUCCGGGUUCAGCUUCUCGACCGGUUUCGAGGACCCGUCCACCUCCCUGUACGUCCGCUUCCUCCAGGAGGGACUGGACAAGGCUAAAGUUUACCUCCAGUCAUCGUAAACAGACACACACACACACACCGUCCAUCAUCUCUCACACACGUGUGUGAAUAGGGUCUUCUCUCCUGGACCUUGUGCUGAAUUGAAUUCUGGGAAUUUCUCUGCUGGGGAUGUAGCAAAGUUGUGACUGCAGAUUUUUCUACACACAUUCGAGUACAGUGAAUACGAUAACACUUUUUUUUUUUGUGACCUGAUGAUGUUUCUGAAACUUUACUGAUCAAAUGAGAUGUUUUUUCUUUUUUUUUUUCCCUUUCAUCUCCAAGGCAGAAAAGAGGCAUUUUAUAUUUACCUCUUUUUCCUCCCUAUUUAAUUUUUUAUCUCUAAAUGGUGGCAUCUAAGUGGCAUCCUGGAAAUCUCUUCACAUGUUCCUCAACCAGACACAAAGUUCCAUAUUUAUACACAAAAGUUUGUGGACACCUGCUCUCUUCUGGGAAGAUGUUCCUCUAGAUUGUGUGGAGAUACUUUCAGCCACAUUGGUGUUAGUAAAGCCAGGUACUGAUGUAGGUAAGGUGAGGAAGUUCCUGGAGUGCAGAGUUCACAUUCAUCCCAAAGGUGUUCAAUAGAGUUUGAGCUCUGUAGCUGGAGAUCUUCUACUACAACCCAUGUAAAGCAGAUCUUCAUGGAGCUGGCUUUGUGCUGGAACAGGUUUGGGUCUCCAAGUUCAAUCGAAGGAAAUAUUUCUGUAGAUGUCCUGUACAGUUGGCUGGAAAACACCAUUGUGGUUGAAUGAAUCUCCACAAAUCUCCAAAAUUUAGUGGAACAUCUUCCUAGAACAGUGGAAGUUUAUUAUAACAGCAAAUGGAGACUCGAUGUGGAAUUGGAUGCUCAAAAAGAAGCACAAUUUAAUGGUCAGGUGUCCACAAACGUUUGUCCAAGUGUAUUGAAAAUAUUUAUAAUUUUUUUUUUUAAGGAGAAACGUUGUCCGUCGUCCUCGUCGCCAUUUUCAAACGUUUCCCGCGAACCUGCGAUGUUUUGGAAGCCGUAAAUUUCUUUUCUAGUUCGUCGAACAAAUGCUGCGAUGUUGGGGAAAGGUUUUUUUGUCACACGACUUUCCUCAAUUUUACACUACAACUUAAAAAACGCAGAAAAAAAAAUAAAAAAGUAAAGCAGAAAAACAAUCAAAAAAAGUAUUUUGAUUUAUGAGGACGCCAACGAAAUCGGAUCUUGCAGGAAGCACGAGGACCGUAUUUCUUCAUUCCGUUAAUGUUUCAUUGACGUUUCCUCGUCUCCGCUACCGGGUUCGUAGCCGUCCCACGAGAUCUCCUCCUAUUGGUGAGGUUUUUAGAUGAUCGUCGUUGCAGUGAAAACCAAUUGGAAAGAUUUCUUACAAUCCCGAAGUCACUAUUGGUGGAACGUACAGUGGGGAAAAUCCGUUUUUUGGCAGCAAAAUAUAAAAGAAAUUAAUUGUUAGACUCUUUUUAGUGCAGCGUUGGAGAGAUCUUUACACUCGGUUCCAAACUGAAGCCAUUUCUGCCUGAGUGUAUUUAUAGCUUGAAGCAUACAACAGAUUCAAAUACAAUACAAGGGUUUUUUUGUUUUACCUAUUUGGCUUGGAUGUUUGACAGAUUUUCCCAGAAUGCCCCUCCACACACACACACACACACACACACACACACACACACACACACACACACACACACACACACACACACACACACACGUGUGUGUGUUGUCGUGUUCGGAUGGAGCAGUUUGUGACGGCCUGUUCUGAAAGCCCACUGUGGCGGGAUCAAGCCUGAUGUCAUUGUUCCAGUCCAGAAUAAUACACACACACACACACAUUCACUCUUUUAUAACCGCUCGAGUGUCAGUGUGUUGUCUUGUCUUGUUCUCAUGAUCAGUAUUAACUUCGUUUCCCUCAGAUCUGGGAUUUGAAGCCACUCCUUAUUUUUGGUCCAAAUGAAACCCUGAGAUUUUGGAUGGAAAGAAUUUACUCGUCCUGAAAACAUCAAACUAAUGAAGAUUUUCCAAAUAUUAUAUCCUUUUUUUUCCCAUCUGAGGUAAAUUUAAGCCAAAAACACUAUGCUGUGUGUAUGUGUAUAUAUUUUUAAACACUAUAUAGACAAGAGUUUUUGGACACUUGAUCAUCAAGAUGUUCUUAUUUCUGAACAUCUCAUCCCACAUUAAAUCUCCAUUUCCUCUCAUAAUUCCCUCCACUUUUUUUAGAUGAUCUACUAGAUUUUGUGGAGAUUUGUGAAGAUUCAUUCAUCCACAAGGGUGUUAGUAAAGUCAGGUACUGAUGUAGGUGAGGUGAGGUAUCUCACCUGAGGUGAGGUCUUUAAUAUGGUUUAGAGCGCUGUAGCUUUACUUCACACACAUGUAAAGCUGAUCUUUAUGGAGCUUUGUACUAAUGGCUGAAAAAGUCAGGUGUUCCGACACUUUUGUUCAUAUUCUCUGAGGGCACAGUUGUUUAUAGAUCGAUGGCAUUUAUUCCAAGAUGGCUGCCAUCAUUUAUUUACAGCUGACAGAAGUCCUGCUUGGUUCUAACACAAUCCGAGUGGUUUCUUUAAACACCAGAUGUGGUUUGAGGAGAAAAUUUACACUAAACUUUUGUAAAGUAGAAAAAAUUCAUUAGUUCACACCAGUGUAAACACAAACAGACUUUUUGACACGAUCAUGUGACCCUGUUCAUCAUUCGAGUCCACUGUAGGAUUUCUCUCCCUGUAUGAAUGUAUUUGUUAUAGAGUGCCUGAAAAUAAACUGCUUUUCUACAUAUUA